AACAGAACCGCCUGCAUUCGUUGCCGGCGGAAGAAGAAGCGAUGUGACCAAAAGCUCCCGAGAUGCAGCCUCUGCGAAACUGCUGGUGCUGAAUGCGUGGGCUACGACGCGGUAGCUAAGAGACAUGUACCGAGAAGCUAUGUGCACAGCCUUGAAGAGAGGGUUGCGUACUUGGAGUUGAAACUUCAACAACACGGAAUC